CAAUAUAACUACACUAUCACUACUUCCAAGUUUUAAAAAAAAACAACCCGUCACAUUAUGUCAUGUUUAUGUUUAGCCGCAGUAAUACGGGUUGCACCAGGAAGCGACGUCACAUCACAGUCGAAAAGUGACCCAUCAUCCAAAUAAGAGGUUGACACUUCAUGUCGAGUCCUUUUGAUGGAGAAGUUGAAGGGUUCAGUAGUUGAGUGACCAUGGACACCCUGUCCAGCCACAGCUCUUACCUGCUGCAGCAGCUCCAGGAGCAGAGGAUCCAGGGGCUGCUCUGUGACUGCAUGCUGGUGGUCAAAGGUGUCUGCUUCAAAGCCCACAAAAAUGUCCUGGCUGCUUUCAGCUCCUACUUCAGGUCUUUAUUCCAAAACUCCCCCAGUCAGAAGAAUGAGGUGUUCAACUUGGUCAUCCAGGAUGUUAGUGGCAUCGGUCAAAUAUUGGACUACAUGUACACCUCCCAUCUUGACAUAAACCAAGAUAAUGUUCAAGCGCUCCUGGACAUUGCUCAGUGUUUGCAGGUUCCAAACAUUCAGACCAUGUGUAAUGCUUUCCUCAAGCCUUGUCCUCCCCCGGUGGAAAUCCCGUCAUUUUCUCUCCCGGGCAUGCUGAGCUCAGAGCACGACUGCCUCCUGGGGAGCAGUCUUCCUCAUGAUGUUGACCUUCACUGUCCCUCUGAGACCCAGAGGCCUGGCUUCAGCAGUGACAUAGACCACAGCAAAAGGAUGUCUGUUUCCGUACCUAAUAGUGGCUCAAACUGUGACACAGCUAGCAGCACUCAAGCACCCGUUGAAAAACAGCUUGUCCAUGGCUACAAGCUCCGUAACUUCUACAGUAAGCAGUACUUCAAGCAAAGUGCAAUUCAGACUAAUAGUGCAGCGUCAAAUCAAGGCCCAGGCCCUUUGGUGCUGGUGGAGGAGCAGCAGUGUCAGCUCGGGGUCAGCCAGGGAAGCAGCCACACUCCUGUAUGUUCAGGAAACACAGUUCAGCCCAGUCCUCCCUGCACAUCUGUGGCAGCUGAAAAGAACCCUGUCUCCUCUUUAACACCGUCAGAUAAUUUAAACACCCCCAACUCUAACACAGAAGACUCCAUGCUCAACAAGCCAGUGCGCCCAAAGAAGGCCGUCUACCUGAAGAAAUACAACUACCUCCGGUCUCAGAAGGCUUUGGAGGAGAUGUUUGCUGAAUCAGUCAGUGAACCCGUUGUCUGUUGUCCGAAAGAAAGUCUUCAAGAAGAGUCUGUGGUCCAGACUGGAGCUUCAGAAGCUCCCGUUGAGGGCCUAAAUGCAAACAUGGAGGAGGUUACAGAGGCACCAACAGAUGCACAACUUCCCAGUCCUCCACCUGUAAACCAAGAAGAGCAAAAUCUGAAGAGUGUGCCAGAGCCGGCACAGCAGACAGGGCACAAGCAGUACUGUUGUGAGGUGUGUGGGAAGAUCUUUAAACACCCGAGCAACCUGGAGCUGCACAAGCGCUCACAUACCGGUGAGAAGCCUUUUCAGUGUAAUGUCUGUGGGAAAAACUUUUCUCAGGCUGGGAAUUUACAGACACAUUUGCGGCGACAUUCUGGAGAGAAACCGUACAUAUGUGAGUUAUGUGGUAAAAGCUUUACUGCUUCAGGGGAUGUCCAUCGUCACAAAGUGGUCCACACAGGAGAGAAGCCACAUCUGUGUGAUAUAUGUGGUCGAGGAUUCAACAACUUGAGUAAUCUCAAGGAGCACAAGAGGACUCACGCCACCGACAAGACAUUCACAUGUGACCAGUGUGGAAAAUCCUUCAACACGCACAGAAAGCUUCUGAAGCAUAAAGCCCGCCACGUUGGAGAAAAACCACACAGCUGUGCCACCUGUGGGAAGUGCUUCAUUGGCUCCGGGGACCUGCAGCGUCACAUACGGUCACACACUGGUGAGAAACCCUACGUCUGUAACGCCUGUGGAAAGAGCUUUACCCGCUCUGCCAUGCUGAGGAGACACAGUAACAUGCAUUGCAAGGGAGCUCCAGCCGACAUCCCGGUAACUGACAGCUCUGACCCACCUCGUAGCUCAGAUGGAGCAGCCUCAUUCUCCAAACCUGUCAACCACACUAAACCUCCUGCUGUGACCAGUGAGCAGCAUUUUCCCAGCAUGAUGCCCCAUGCAGGGUUAGAGAAACCCUCGCCGCCUACUUCACCACCACAACCGACGUCACAUAUAGAGACUACACCUCCCAGCAUGCACCUCAGCCCAGCUUCUACACCCACCCCCCUUCCAGAGCUGCGCUCGCUGGUACCCCAUCAUCUCCUCUCCUCCAACCACCAGGAGAGAAGUGCAGCCAUGACUGCCACCAAACCCCACCUGCCUCAGGAGGUUGUGUACGGUCCAUAUGUAGAGAAUGGGAACAUGACAGUGGAGAUGAGCAGAGGUGCGGUGGGCAGGCCCUACCUGCCUCCCACAGACAAUCACUGUAAUUCUCUUACACCUUCUAGCAGGGCCGGUACUGGGUCCUACAGGUCCAGUGAGGGCCAGUUUAUCUCCAGUGUAACACUGUGGGGCCUGGCAAUGAAAACUCUGCAGAAUGACAAUGACAUGGAGCAGUGAAAUGUCGCAUGUUCUUCAGAUUAGCACAGCAUCGAGCACUUUUCACUCCUUUCACCACCUGACUCUUGAUCGUCACGAAUAUAGUAGUCCCCUCAAUGAAGCAAACAUGAGCUGUAAGUGCUUCCUAGUGUUGCUUAAAUUGAAUAAAUCAGGAAUCUACUUCUGUCUCCGAGUAGAUGAAUUAAAACUGCUGUGGCGCCGCUCUUGUAGCUUCAACGGGGUGAUGCUUUAUUGGUGUGUUUGUAUAUACUGCACAGCACUUUAAAAUGUAAACAUGCAGACCUAUUUUCAGCUCUCAGUGACACAUACUGAUGUAGUAUAUAUUCCUAUGAAUAAAAAGUGUUUAAUGUG